GUGUCCAAUGCUUGAAGCAGCCCCCACGCUGGCGGUCCUGAGUCUGGGUCGCGCCUUGGUGUAUCUCUUUUGACGUCUACUACCCACAGCCUGGGGGAGGAAAGUGGCGGCGAGGAGCAACUGCACGCGACUCGGGACCUUGCCCUUCUCCGCGGCCAGCGUCACAAUGGCAACCGCGGGCAGCCGGUCACUGACGGCUGGAAAACGAGGACCCGAGCCAGGUUACAGGCUUGGACUUCGAGCAGCCCAGGGAGAGUCUCUGCGUCCUCCAGCCCCCGCUUCCCUUCCUGUCGGAGAUCCUAAGCCCGCAGCGAAGUCUGCAAGUAGCUUUCCCCGACGCCCACGAGACCGGAAGUGCCUGGGCCCAGGUAGAGGAAGGACCCGCGUGGCCUCCUCUGCGCCCUCCCUGGAGUCCGCGCCCGUUCCGGCGCUUCUCCCGCGUCCUUCACCAUGGCAACUUCUGGCGUUCGGAGCGUGGGCCGCGAGCCAGGAAGUGCGAACCAUUUUGCCUGGCACAGUACUUGACCUUGGGGGCACAAUGAAGAUCAGGUUCAAGAUCAAGGUGGUCCCUGCCCUGUGGUGCUUUUAUGGAGGAGAGUCAGCUCUAGGACUCCAGAGUAUCAACUGGCAGACGGCCUUCAACCGACAAGCGCAUCACACACACAAGUUCUCUAGCCGGGAGCUCAUCUUGCGGAGAGGCCAAAACUUCCAGGUCUUAAUGCUCAUGAACAAAGGCCUUGGCUCUAACGAAAGACUGGAGUUCAUUGUCUCCACAGGGCCUUACCCCUCCGAGUCGGCCAUGACGAAGGCUGUGUUUCCACUCUCCAAUGGCAGUAGCGGUGGCUGGAGUGCGGUGCUUCAGGCCAUCAAUGGCAAUACUCUGACUAUUAGCAUCUCCAGUCCUGCCAGCGCACCCAUAGGACAGUACACAAUGGCCCUCCAGAUCUCCUCCCAGGGCGGCGUCUCCUCUGUGAAACUUGGGACGUUCAUACUGCUUUUUAACCCCUGGCUGAACGCGGAUAGCGUCUUUAUGGGUAACCAUGCUGAGAGAGAAGAGUAUGUUCAGGAAGAUGCCGGCAUCAUCUAUGUGGGAAGCACAAAUCGAAUUAGCAUGAUUGGCUGGAACUUUGGACAGUUUGAAGAAGACAUUCUGAGCAUCUGCCUCUCAAUCUUGGAUAGGAGUCUGAAUUUCCGCCGUGACCCUGCUACUGAUGUGGCCCGCAGAAAUGACCCCAAAUAUGUUGGCCGGGUGCUGAGUGCCAUGAUCAAUAGCAAUGAUGACAACGGUGUGCUUGCUGGGAAUUGGAGCGGCACUUACACGGGUGGUCGUGACCCAAGGAACUGGAACGGCAGCGUGGAGAUCCUCAAGGACUGGAAAAAAUCUGGCUUCAGCCCAGUCCGAUAUGGCCAGUGCUGGGUCUUUGCUGGGACCCUCAACACAGCGCUGCGGUCUUUGGGGAUUCCUUCCCGGGUGAUCACCAACUUCAGCUCAGCUCAUGACACAGACCGAAAUCUCAGUGUGGAUGUGUACUACGACCGCAUGGGAAACCCCCUGGACAAGGGUAGUGAUAGUGUAUGGAAUUUCCAUGUCUGGAAUGAAGGCUGGUUUGUGAGGUCUGACCUGGGUCCCUCGUACGGUGGAUGGCAGGUGUUGGAUGCUACCCCGCAGGAAAGAAGCCAAGGGGUGUUCCAGUGCGGCCCCGCUUCAGUCAUUGGUAUUCGAGAGGGUGAUGUGAACCUGAACUUCGACAUGCCCUUUAUCUUCGCGGAGGUGAAUGCCGACCGCAUCACCUGGCUGUAUGAUGGCACCACCGGCAGACAGACGAAGAAUUCCAUGGAUACUCGCACCAUUGGCAGGUACAUCAGCACCAAGGCAGUGGGAAGUAACGCUCGCAUGGACGUCACGGACAAGUACAAGUACCCAGAAGGCUCUGACCAGGAAAGACGAGUGUUCCAAAAGGCUUUGGGGAAACUUAAACCCAAUGCGUCAUUUGGCGCAACGUCUUCAAUGGGUUUGGAAGCAGAGGAACGGGAGUCCAGCAUCGUCGGGAAGUUCAAGGUCACUGGCAUGCUAGCAGUGGGCAAAGAAGUCAACCUGGUCCUACUGCUCAAAAACCUGAGCAGCGAUACGAAGACAGUGACAGUGAACAUGACAGCCUGGACCAUCGUCUACAAUGGCACACUUGUACAUGAAGUGUGGAAGGACUCUGCCACCAUGUCCCUGGACCCUGAGGAAGAGGCAGAGCAUCCUGUAAAGAUCUCGUACGCUCAGUAUGAAAAGUACCUGAAGUCCGACAACAUGAUCCGGAUCACAGCCGUGUGCAAGGUCCCAGAUGAACCUGGGGUGGUGGUGGAGCGGGACAUCAUCCUGGACAACCCCACCUUGACUCUGGAGGUGCUGGAUGAGGCUCGUGUGCGGAAGCCUGUGAACGUGCAGAUGCUCUUCUCCAAUCCACUGGAUGAGCCAGUGAGGGACUGUGUGCUGAUGGUGGAGGGAAGCGGCCUGCUGUUGGGUAACCUGAAGAUCGAUGUGCCAACCCUGCGUCCCAAGGAGCGGUCCCGGGUCCGUUUUGAGAUCCUGCCCACCCGGAGUGGCACCAAGCAACUGCUCGCCGACUUCUCCUGCAACAAGUUCCAUGCAAUCAAGGCCAUGCUGUCCAUCGACGUAGUCGAAUGAAGGGCGCUGGUGGCCUCCUGUACAAACUUGGAUAACACGGAGCAGGGAGAGCUCACCAUGGAAUGAACUCCCUGCCCAUGCUGUCCAGCCUGGGAAACCCUCUCAUCUCCCAAGGCUGCCAGACAUGGACCUCCAGGCUCCAGCACAUCCCCUUCCCCUCUCCCCCAGGUUGGGGCUAGGUCCACCCUGUCCCAUGACUUGAUUACUUUUGCACAUUCCCUGGCCACUUCUCCCCAGGGCUGCCUGCUCUGUGGGCCCCACAGCCCUGCUCAUCCCUCACGCCCUUCAAUGCUGCAGGAUGGACUGGCCCCUGACCUAGGGACUCUCCAAAUGGGACACAGGAGAAAAGCUGGUCUAGAUUGUUUGCUGAUCCCCAACCUGCACGGGGCAUUCCUGCUCCUCUCUCAGGCCACCACAGAGGGCAGGGGAUGGUUAGCCAGCUGCCCCAGCACCCACACCCUAACUCAAAAUAAAUGUUAAAUAAGUGCGAUCACACAGCAGCGACUCUACCUGACUGCUAUUGCACCAGAGGUGGUGAAGGAGAGAAGAGGCUGUGGCCGUGACCUUCUGGAGCAGGGAAUAAACUUGAGGAAGCCA